AUCCUAGACAACGAACCAUCGUUGUUUUUUGUUUCCAUCGAUCGCACGAGGACCUGGUUCGGUACCUUCCACCCAAAAUCAGUAGUUUAGUGGGUGAAAUCGAUAACGACGAAAUUGGCCAGACAGGAACGCUUGCCCGUCAUUAACGCGCAAACAUUCGCCAUGGUUGGAAGAAAGAAGCGUGCAAGUGCCGCGAAUCGCAAAUCGGUUCAGUUUGCAACAGCAUCCCGGUCGAAAAUCUCCAACGACAGCAUUUAUCCCAAUUAUUCCAAAUUCAAGGUCACCUAUCCCGUUGUGUGCCGCCAGCGUUACCACCAGGACAAACUGCGCUACGACAAGCAGUUUGAAUACGAGUUGAAAAUGUUGGAGCUAAUGCAGAAUUCAGCUUACGACUCGAUGCGUUUCCACAGACAUUUUGCCAUCACGACAUUGUGGCCACCGCUACACACCCGGAAGGAAAUUGAGUACGUACUGGAUAAGUUUUUUCGCCUCCCGGACAAACAGACCCGUCGUCUACAUGAUAUAAUGAAUGCUCCUGUGUAUUAGCGGAAGUAAUGGAAUUGUAAAUUUGUUGUAAUAAAUCUAUAAACCUUGUAGUGAAUAUAGUGUACGAAGUUUCUAUUUGU